ACCACAGAAGAAGAGUCAGCAGCAGCAGCAGCUUUUAAAUGGGGACUUCCGGGUUGUGUCCCUCGGUUGAGACAUUGAAAACAUCGGAUCGAUUAAUGUGAUCAACAUCUGUCCCCACUGAUCGGCGCUCUGGCUCUCUACCGGUCAGUGUCUGUGGACCGUUAAUACCAUAACAACAACAGAGUCAGCGCGGGAAAAUAAAACACGGAGCUGCUCGGCCUUCAUCACUUCCUCUCGCCGUCUCCAGAGAUGUGACCCGGAGACGAUCAGCCGGAGGAGACGAUCAGCCGGGGUGGAGACGAUCAGCCGGAGGAGACGAUCAGCCGGAGGAGACGAUCAGCCGGAGGAGACGAUCAGCCGGAGGAGACGAUCAGCCGGAGGAGACGAUCAGCCGGAGGAGACGAUGCAGUAGAGUUCCCUCCAUCAGGCCAGAAUGUCCUCAGGCCACAGGCAGAGAGACGUGGAGCAGCAGCGCCCCCUGCUGGACGGGGAGGAGGCGGUGGCGGCGGCGGCGGAGAGUUCCCGCAGCGAGGCGAAGCGACUGUGGUUCAUCCGGGACUGCUGCGGCAUGGUGUGUGCCGUCAUCACCUGGUUCCUGGUCUUCUUCGCGGACUUCGUGGUCACCUUCGUGAUGCUGCUGCCCUCCCGGAGCUUCUGGUACGCCGUGGUCAACGGGGUGGUCUUCAACAGCCUGGCUGUGCUGGCGCUGGCCUCCCACCUCCGCACCAUGCUGACCGACCCGGGCGCCGUCCCGAAAGGAAACGCCACCAAGAAGCACCUGGAGAGUCUGCAGCUGAAGCCGGGCGAGGUCAUCUACAAAUGUCCAAAGUGCUGCAGCAUCAAACCGGAGAGGGCUCACCACUGCAGUAUCUGUAAACGCUGCAUCCGCAAGAUGGACCACCAUUGCCCCUGGGUCAACAACUGCAUCGGAGAGAAGAACCAACGCUUCUUCGUCCUCUUCACUAUGUACAUCGCCAUGAUCUCCGGUCACGCUCUCGCUCUCUGUGGGUUCCAGUUCGUCUCCUGCGUCCGGGUCCAGUGGAGAGAGUGCAGUGAUUUCUCUCCUCCGGUGACGAUGAUGCUGAUGAUCUUCCUCUGCAUGGAGGCCCUCCUCUUCCUCACCUUCACAGCUGUAAUGUUCAGCACUCAGCUGCACUCCAUCUGCAACGACGAGACGGAGAUCGAGCGUCUGAAGAACGAGAAGCCAACGUGGGAGCGUCAGACUCGCUGGGCCGGGCUGAGGUCGGUGUUCGGGGGUCAGCCGUCCCUGAUGUGGAUCAGCCCCUUUGCUGGACUCAGACUGCCGACCUUUCUCCCCAAACGCAGCUGGAGGGGCGGGGCAGAGUUCUCCGUCUGACGAGCCGCCAUUCAAACACUGCACAGCGGUGGAACCGGAACCACAGUGGUUCUGCUUCAUGGUGCUGGUGGACCUGCAGAGUCCAGUUCUUCUGUACCUGGAGAAACCAGGUUCAGGCUCUGCUGCAGUCUCCGUCUCUUACCUUCCUCUUUGGUGGAGGAGCAUCGUCCCAACUGGGAGUACAUACAGACCUUCUUCACAGCAGCCAUUUGACAUUAAACAGUAGGGUAAAUAAAGGUGUUGUGAUUCUGAUUACGGCUCCAUUCGGGUCGAACUGCGUCAGGGUGCUGCUUUUGUUCAUGCUGCCUCACUGGAAGGGCUCUGCAACACUAAAUGGAACGGGGCCUUAAUUAGUAUCAUGGGUAACGGCUGUGUUUACCCUACUAUUUCAUGUCCAAAUGGCUGCUGUGAAAAGGGGCUGCGUCUGGAGAGAGACGCUGCUGGAGAACCAGUGAACAGAUUCAAACUCAGAGCCUGAAUGUUUUCUUAAACGUGCUCGUUAAGAUGCUGGAUCUUCUGAGAGCCGUUACUGAGCGCAGGAACCAUGUGACCACCGAUCAAAUGUUUGGGAACCACUGCUGUUAUUAAUGUUUGUGUGUAUGUAGACGUUGAGCUGCACUGUGUGCAUCAACAUAAAGCUGUAAAGUCACAAUCAAAUGAAAUAUUAUACAGUUAUUAUUAUUAUUAUUAUGAUGAUGAUGAUGCAUCUUCGUUUCUGUUGGUUUUUAAUGACAUAUAUUUAAAUGGUCCCUGUGGAGUUUUCUUGUAAUCAGUCAUAAGUUUUCUCUGCCUGUGUAUUUUAAAUCAUUUUCAUCGUCCUUUGUUGCCACAUUGUUGUGUUUCUUACCCAUUGAUGAGUGGAAAACAUUGGCAGGACGACGUCACCCAUUAGAAACACACUAUAGCACUCCUAGUGGUGAGAAAUUCUACAGGAAACUUUUAAGAAAUCAUGUUAUUAAAAUAAAAGUGUGCUAAAAAAAAACUCACUUUCUUCCUUACAAGCAGUAUUUUUAAUGGUGGCUUCAAAGCUCCCAUCAAUAAAUCAGACAGAUGUUUUAAAUCCAUGCAGCUUUACCUCACCUCUUUAAAUCAUAUUAAGGCUUAAAGUUAUGUAUAAUUAUGGGCCUGGUUGCUGUGAGUGACAGUUGGUUGCUGUCGGAGGCGGCUGUUUUCAGUAACCAGGCUGCAGACAUUGUUAAUUAAACGUUUCAAUCCCAAAAUCUUUCUUUUAUCCUUAAAAAGGUCAUGUUGUUUUUUUUCCUUUGGAUGUUGGAUAUACAACUUUUUUGUAUCGUCAUCCUGAACCCUUUGUUUUUAUUUGUUCAUGUGAGCCCUCUUAGUGAGCCAAGAGGGUGACGGUGGUAAGAUUUUAUUUAGCUACCAUCGCUAUAUGCCACUAAAUCCUGGUCCUUUAAAUCCCCAAACGUUCCACUGAACAACAAAUCUGCUCCUCUGAACGGGUCUUUCCUGAGGCCUGAUGCUCUAAAAGUACCAUUUCUUUGUGACUUUCACUGUUUGGAAAAUGUGAACCUAGCUGUUAAAUGUGUGUGCAGUGCCAUUGAACCACGUAUGGAGCAUCACUAAGCUCUUGUUUGACAUUGCUGGAGAACAGGAAACACCCCAGGACGAUCACAAUGACCAUCAGACUGACGGUUUAUCUUCACUAGGUCUCAACAAGAUGCUGAAGUGUUUCUACUGCUUGUUUAUUGAUUGACAAACUCCUCUUGAAGUCCUGCAGACUUUUUAUCUUCUAAAAUGUUAUUAUAAUUUUUUUAAUUGGCACUUUAAAAGGUCUAAAUUUAAACCCGAUGAGACGUAAAGACGAGCUGGCAAAAGUUUUAAAAAGAGAAACUGAGAGAAUCUGUUUUUACAGAAUGUGCCCGAGGUUGGAGUGGUUGUAUGUUUGUUUUCAUGAGAUUUCCGAGCCUUUUAUAUGUUCAUCUGUUUCCAUUUUUCAGACACUUAGAAUAAACAGUCCAUCUCUACCUCUUUAAAGAA